AUGCGCUCGUUCGUCCUACUGUCCGCCGCUGCGGCUCUCACGCUCGCUUCCCCUGUUCCCCAAGAGCUUGACUUUUCUUUGAUCGAUACCGUCGAGACUCCCUCGAACGUCACCAUCCCUACCAACACCGAUGAGCUUAUUGUCGUCUACGACUCUGACUCUGCUGCUGCCGCCGUCCAGACUUCUGUCUUGACUGGUCAGACUGAGAUUGAUAUCUCCAACAGCACUACCAACAGCACCAGCUCUUCCACUCUUCGCAGACGUGGCACCUGUGCCGUCCAGGCUAGCGGCUCUGGCCCUAUCCCCUCUCCCGACACUGCUUCGGCCUUCCUUUCCUACUCUGCCUUCGCCAGCGCUGCGUCGGCUGCCGCCACUCCUUCUGGCUACACUCAGGCCUUCAAGAACUUGAACGCCUCCAACAACGCCAAGGACCCUGGAAGCGGAUGCGAGUCGCCUUCUUCGACCACCAACAUCAAGUGUGUAUUCUGGGGUGGCCCGGUCACUUCUGCCAAUGCCAACAACGCUGGCCAGUGGAGAAGCAAGUUCCAGGUCGUCAUUGCUGGUAGCAACGGUUACGUCAACAACAGCAUAGCUGGAGCCGACGGUUUCACCUCGCCUACUUACUACGGCAACACUGCUAUUGACGCCCCCAACGACUGCAACGGACAAAACACUCUGCUCGGAUCAAAGGUCUUCACUGGCGGACCCUUCGAUGCCAGCCUUUGUGCCGCUGCUUGCGACGCUCAGAGCGCUACCAACCUGAAGGCAAACAAAGCCACUUGCAAGUUCUUCAACACCUACAUUCUGUCUCGCAACAACGUCGCCAUUGGCCAAUACUGCAACCUCUACUCUCAGACCUGGGCAUCUUCGUAUGCUACCUACAAGGGAUCCAACAGCGGCGGCAACAAGUACUCUGUUACUUACUCUUAUGGUUUCUCCAGCUCUGCCGAUGCUGGUACCUGCAAGAAGCCCACUACCUCUACCUGGAUUGUCAGCUCCGCAACUGCUACUGCCAGCUCCACUGCUACUGCUCAACCCACCACUUCUGGGGGCUUUAUUGACUGGAAGACCUUCAAGGCCAAUGGUGCUAACCUUGGCGGAUGGUUGGAGAAGGAGCAGACUCACGACCCUAUCUGGUGGGCAUCUGUCGCCAACCUUUCAACCACUCCCGACGAAUGGACUCUCUGCCAAACUCUUGGUGACCAGUGUGGUCCCACCCUGGAGGCACGUUACGCCAGCUUCCUCAACCAUUCGACCAUUGAUCAGCUUGCCUCUGUUGGUGUGAACACUCUGAGAAUCCCCACCACCUACGCCGCAUGGGUCAACGUUCCCGGUUCGGCUCUUUACCAUGGUAACCAGCAGCAAUACCUCAAGUCCAUCACUGACUACGCAAUCAACACUUACGGUAUGCACGUUAUCAUCGGUCUUCAUUCUCUUCCCGGUGGUGUCAACAACCUCGACAUUGGUGAGGCUCUCAUGCACGAUGACUUCUUCUACAACACCACCAACCUCAACUACGCCUAUGAUGCCGUCGACGCCAUCCUUGACUUCAUCAAGGCCAGUGGAAACACGACUGCCUGGACCAUCGGACCCAUCAACGAGGCAUCUGACAACCUCUCCGGUUUCGGUACUUCUGCUGGUCUCUCCGACAAGGGUGCUCAGUGGAUUGCCGACUACAUUAAUGGCGUUGUUGCCCGUACUGCAAAAGUUGACAGCCGCAUCCCCGUCAUGGUUCAGGACUGCUUCAAGGGCGCCGCUUUCUGGGAGCCCUACUUCGACGCAUCGGCCAACUUGGUCAUCGACUCUCACGUCUACUACUUUGCCGCUGCUGGUACUUACUCCCAGUACGUCGCUCCCGCUGUCUGCGGUCAGGCCGCUUUCAUCGCCGAGUCUACCAAGUUCCCCAACUUCAUCGGUGAAUGGUCUCUCCUUGCCAUUGCUGACCGCCAGUUGAUCUUCAACACCCAGCGCUUUGCCUGGAGCAAGUACGUCAGCGGUGGCAGUUUCUGGACCGCUGUCUCGUACUCUACUGCUCUGGUCGAUGGCCAGGGUACCCAGAGAGAUUACUGGUCCUACACUGACCUUAUCGCCAACGGUGUCAUUCUUUCCGAGUCCAAGUUCAACGGCACCGCUUUCUGCUAG